GUGAAAACUUUUACUGUACUUAAACAGUCGUGGGCAUAAACUAAAGGGAGGCAAAACUUCUAAAGGAAAGAAUGUCAUAUAGACUCUCAGGACUUCUGUGCAAGACCGUUGUGUUCUGCCUUAUCCUUUCUAUCAGCGGUCAGAAAUCAAAUUCGCUUAAUGAAGUUGCUGAUGUGAAUACCAAGAGGUGCACAAACGAUUGUUUUAAAGCGAAUACUGAAUGCCAGGCUGGAGAAAGUACUUCGACUAUUGUAGGAAUAUUGAAAUGCAGACCUUUAACUGCCUUAAAAAUUACAUCAACUCAAGAAACUAUGACAUCAACUGCAACACACAUCUUACAAACAAGUAAAUGGCGACGAAGAAAUACAUACUUUACAAGAAGACCGAGACCCACAAAUCACACUAGAAGACCAAGGCCAACUCAUCACACCAGAAGACCACCGAGACCAACACACCGCACAAGAAGGCCACCGAGACCAACACACCACACAAGAAGAACACAUCAUACUAGAAGACCAACGAGACCUACACAUCAUACUAGAAGACCUCCCAGACCCACACAUCACACUAAAAGACCACCGAGACCCACACACCUUACAAGAAGACCCACAAGACCCACACACCACACAAGAAGAACACAUCCUACCAAAAGACCAACGCGACCUACACAUCACACAAAAAGACCAAUGAGACCUACACACCACACAAGAAGAACACAUCCCACAAAAAGACCAACGAGACCCACACAUCACACAAAAAGACCUACAAGACCCACACACCACACAAAAAGAACACAUCCUACCAAAAGACUUACGCGUCCUACACAUCCCACACGUAGAACUACACGCCACAAAAAGCCAACAAAACCAACCCAUCAUACAAAAAGACCAACGAGAACUACUCGUCACACACAGAGACCAACACGGCAUACAAAAAAACCUACGAAAACUACACGACAUACGAAGAAGCCGACAAAAACUACUUAUCACACAGUUAAGCCAACAAUAACAACGAGAUGCACAAGCACAACAGCUGAGCCGACGUACCCACCUACAACGGACACACCGCCCGCACCUACAACCUCCGAACCAACACCAGAGCCAACACCUCCUGAUCCGACAACACCUGAACCUACAACACCAGAGCCUACAAUUCCACCAACACAAAAACCUACAACACCUGCACCAACAACUCCAGCACCUACAACCCCUGCACCUACUACUCCUGAACCAACAACAUUUUCAACUCCAACAGCAGAGCCUACAACAGCAGAACCUACUACGCUCGCACCUACAACAAUUGAAACCUCAUCUACCACAACAUCCACUAUCGCACCCUCAACAACUAAAUCGACUUCAACAACUUCAACAACAGAUAACCCAGUCCCAUCUACGACCGCAACGACAUCAACAACCGAAUCCACAAUUCCACCUAGCACAACAAAUUCUGCAAGUUCACCAACGACAACAACCAACUUUACAACCUAUUCAACAACUUCAACAACAGAAAGCCCAGUCCCAUCUACGACCGCCACGACAUCAACAACCGAAUCCACAAUUCCACCUAGCACAACAAAUUCUACAACAACAACCGAUUCAACAACUAAUUCUACAAGUUCACCAACAACAACAACCAACUUAACAACCCAUUCAACAACUUCAACAACAGAAAGCCCAGUCCCAUCUACGACCGCAACGCCAUCAACAACCGAAUCCACAAUUCCACCUAGCACAACAAAUUCUACAACAACAACCGAUUCAACAACUAAUUCUACAAGUUCACCAACAACAACCAACUUAACAACCCAUUCAACAACUUCAACAACAGAUAGUCCAGUUCCAUCUACGACCGCAACGACAUCAACAACCGAAUCCACAAUUCCACCUAGCACAAAAAAUUCUACAACAACAACCGAGUCAACAACUAAUUCUACAAGUUAUCCAACAAGAACAACAACCAACCUAACAACCGAAUCCACAAUUCCACCUAGCACAACAAAUUCUACAACAACAACCGAUUCAACAACUAAUUCUACAAGUUCACCAACAACAACCAACUUAACAACCCAUUCAACAACUUCAACAACAGAUAGUCCAGUUCCAUCUACGACCGCAACGACAUCAACAACCGAAUCCACAAUUCCACCUAGCACAACAAAUUCUACAACAACAACCGAGUCAACAACUAAUUCUACAAGUUCACCAACAACAACAACAACCAACCUAACAACCCAUUCAACAACUUCAACAACAGAAAGCCCUGUCCCAUCUACGACCGCAACGACAUCAACAACCGAAUCCACAAUUCCACCUAGCACAACAAAUUCUACAACAACAACCGACUCAACAACUAAUUCUACAAGUUCACCAACAACAACCAACUUAACAACCCAUUCAACAACUUCAACAACAGAUAGCCCAGUUCCAUCUAAGACCGCAACGCCAUCAACAACCGAAUCCACAAUUCCACCCAGCACAACAAAUUCUACAACAACCGAAUCAACAACUGUUACAACAACAACAACGAGGUCUACAACCGAUUGCCAAGUUCCAUCUACAACCCCAAUGAUCGAAUAUUGAAUAAUAGAAUAUUGAAAUCCACCCAGUACAACACCGACUCUACAACUCCUACAUCAACAACAACAGCUCGAUCAAAAGCUAUAGAUUCAACAGCUACACCAACAACAACAAACAAUUGAAUAGCCCUUCUAUUAAAAAGCAUUUCUACAAUUUAAGCAAUAACAAAUGAAUCAACAACCACGCCUACAACAAUGCCAACAACAGCAAUCUAUUCUACAAAUGCGAUACGAUUCCAUCAGCAACUCCCACAAACAAUAUUUUGUUUUAAGCGGAAUUCAAGAUAAUAAUAAUCCAAAUAAAAAUAAAACAAGCAUUUGCUUAAAUUGUUUGUAUAUAUUUUUUUUAUUAUACAAAAGUAAAGAUUAUAUGGCAAUAAAAGAAUUUGAAAGCCGUACAAUGGUGCCUACAUA